AUGCAGGAUGGAUUGCGCCUCCGGGGCGCCCGGCUGCGCGCUGCGAGCGCGCUCCUUCCCCGCCCUCUCCGAGCUGGGCGGGCCUUCGCGAGCCGCCUCCGUUGCCGCUGCUGCGUCUCUCCGCUCGCCUCCGCCUCCCGCUCGGCGUCCGGCACAAAGUUUAGCGAGGGAGUCCCUGGCUGGAAUCGCCGCGGCGGCGGCGGCUGCGAGCAGAGGAGGCGCAGCGGCCCCGGGCGCCGCGCUCGCUCGGCCGGCCGGCGAGGGUGCCCGGGCAGCGCGCAGGCGGCUGUGCCAUGCGGGGCUCCCCCCGGGCGGCGGGGCUGGAGGGCGGCGGCAGCCGAUGCAGCCGGGGGGGCGGCCGGGCGGCUGACAGGAUGCGGCCGGGGCUGGGCGCGGGCAGGCGGCAUGGCCCCCCCGCCUAAGGGCCCCGCCGCCCGCAAGCUGCUCUGCAUGUGCAGCCUCUCGCUCUGCCUGACCUACGCCUGCUACAGCCUCAUGGGCGGCCCCGGCGCCCUCCGCUCCCCGCUGGCCCCGCAGGGCGCCCCCAGCCCCGCCGCCCCGCCGCGCCGAGCCGCGGCCGCCAGCAGCAGCAGCAGCAGCAGCAGCAGCAGCCCCGCCGGCCCCCGCACCCCGCCGCCGCCCCCUACCCCCGGCGGCUUCACGGCCGCGGUGGCGACGCCUCCCGGCGGCGGCUCCGGCUCCCAGCGCGGCGCGCAAGAAGCGGCCCCCGGCCCCAGCCGCAGCAGCAGCCCCGGCCCCGGCGGCGAGGAGCUCAGCUGGCCGACCGGCGGCAGCAGCAACAACAUCAGCAGCAGCGCCACGGCAGCUGCCGCCGCCGCCGCCAGCUCGGAGGGCUCGUCGGCCACGCCGGACUACGGGGAGAAGCGGCUGCCUCAGGCGCUCAUCAUCGGCGUGAAGAAGGGGGGCACCCGCGCCCUCCUGGAGGCUCUCCGGGCGCACCCGGACGUGCGGGCUGUGGGCACCGAGCCCCAUUUCUUCGAUCGCUACUACGACAAGGGCCUCGAUUGGUACAGGGAUGUGAUGCCAAAGACCCUGGAAGGGCAGCUCACCAUGGAGAAGACGCCCAGCUACUUUGUCACCAACGAGGCCCCCAAGCGCAUCCACUCCAUGGCCAAGGACACCAAGCUGAUCGUGGUGGUGAGGAACCCCAUCACCAGGGCCAUCUCCGACUACACCCAGACCCUCUCCAAGAAGCCGGAGAUCCCCACCUUCGAGGUGCUGGCCUUCAAGAACCGGACCCUGGGGCUGAUCGACGCCUCCUGGAGCGCCCUCCGCAUCGGCAUCUAUGCCCUCCACCUGGAGAACUGGCUCCAGUACUUCCCCCUCUCGCAGAUCCACUUUGUCAGUGGGGAGCGGCUCAUCACGGACCCCGCCGGGGAGAUGGCCAAGGUGCAGGACUUCCUGGGCCUCCGGCGGGUGGUCACGGAGAAGUUCUUCUCCUUCAACACCACCAAGGGCUUCCCUUGCCUGAAGAAGCCGGAGGACAGCGGCAGCAGCGCCCCCCGCUGCCUGGGCAAAUCCAAGGGCCGGACCCACCCCCAGAUCGACCAGGACGUGAUCCAGAGGCUGCAGAAGUUCUACAAGCCCUUCAAUGUCAUGUUUUACCAAAUGACGGGGCAGGAUUUCCAGUGGGAGCAGCAGGAAGAGGGGGAGAAGUGAGGCCGGGGAAGGCAGGGAGAAGCUCUCUCCUAUCCCGAGAACCUGCUUGAGGCUGGGAAGGGCCCGAUUCACCUGCUGGACACCCAGGACCGGCUUUGCCACCACCAUUGAGGAGGAUGUGCCUAACAGACACCCAGUUGGCCGCCAAAGCUUCUAUUUUGCACCUGGACGACGUACAAUCAGCACCUCUCUGCCCUCCCGCGUCCCUCAUGGGGUGGGUCUCCAGGCCCCCUUGCUGGGCCCCUUCUCUCCCCCUUUGGCCGAACCAAGCCAGGGUCCUUGUGCACCGGAGAGGAGGGAAGAGUGGCCGAGGCCUCGGCAAGAGAUGCUGGAACCGCCACCGUGGUGGCCAGGGCAGGGAACUCUUGCUGCUGCUGCCGCCCCCGGGAGUGCCGGUGGAUGGAGCGGGGAGGAGAGCCUUGUCGUCUGGCGUCCUGCGCCCGAUUUCCAGAUGUUUAUUUUUGAUAGGGGCUGGCCGGGGAGGGGCCCCGAGUGGCCGAAGCAGAAGCAAGGCCUCCCCGGGUCUCUUUGGAGGCUGCCCUGCCCUGCCCUGCCCUGCGCGUGAGGACCCUCCGAGGGUCAGGAAGGGUGUCAGUCUCGCAACCCCACGCCUAUGUCGUUCCUCCCAGACAAGAAGACGGAGCUGUCUUUUCCCGUAUUCACAUGACCCUUCCUCCACCGGAGUCCAGCGGUGCAGGGAUUUUGCUCGUCUGAACAGACUGGGGAGCUCUCCAUGCAAGGCGGGUCUGCUGCCGGAGGGUCGUCUGCUGCCCCCGCCCACCCACCCACCCACCACCUGGCCUUUACACCUGUGUUUCCUCCGCUCUACCCAUCUGCUUUUGCAGGGCAGGAAGAAACGUCUCCCCACGUUGGAUUCCUCUCUCCCCUAUUUAAGCGUCUGCAUUCCCAGCACACAAGAGAUUGAAUUUUGUAUUUGAUUUCCAUUAGCAAAGCAUAAAUUAUAUUUAAUUUUUUAUUGACAGACUGGAUAAGUCAGUGUCCUGGAAAGCUGGGAUCUUACUGUCCGGAGGCCGACAGUGGGAGCAGCCCAGGGCACCGCGGCCCCCCUCCCUUCCCCCCACCCGCCCACCCCCUCCCUUGCCACCACCCUCUACCUGAACAAUAGGGAAGCCGGAAGAGCACACAAUAAAACCUUGCAACAGCU